UUCUGCAAGCGGCAGAAAGGAGAACGUGCGGGCACCAUGCAGCCGGAGUGGCGGAGUGCCGUGGCCUGCGGGCUCCUGCUUCUCCUGGUCCAGGCCCGGGGCCAGGACUCUGCCAGCCUCAUUCGGACCACACACACGGGGCAGGUGCAGGGAAGCCUCAAACACGUGAAGGACUCCGAAGUGAGGGUCCACGUCUUCCUGGGAAUUCCCUUUGCCAAGCCGCCCCUGGGGGCACUACGGUUUGCACCCCCGCAGCCCCCUGAACCGUGGAGCGGUGUGCGGGACGCGACUGUCUAUCCAGCCAUGUGCCUGCAGGACACCGAGGGGAUGAGCAAGCUGGCGAAGUAUGUACUGAAUAUGAGCCUGCCCUUCACCAACAUGUCAGAAGACUGCCUGUACCUCAAUAUCUACACACCUGCCCAUGCCCAAGAGGGCGCCAACUUGCCAGUCAUGGUGUGGAUCCACGGUGGCGGGCUGGUGAUGGGCACGGCCUCUCUGUACGAUGGCUCCGUCCUGACUGCCUAUGAGGAGGUGGUGAUGGUGAGCAUUCAGUACCGCCUGGGGAUCCUGGGCUACUACAGCACCAAUGACGAGCGUGCGGCAGGCAACUGGGGCUACCUGGACCAAGUGGCCGCCCUGCAGUGGGUUCAGCACAACAUCGCCCGCUUUGGAGGCGACCCUGGCUGUGUCACCAUUUUUGGGGAGUCUGCAGGCGGCAUAAGCGUGUCCUCACAUGUCGUGUCCCCCAUGUCCCAAGGACUCUUCCACAGGGCCAUCAUGGAGAGCGGUGUGGCCUUGCUGCCUGGCCUCACCGACAGCUCCUCCGUGAUCUUCACAAUGGUGGCUAACCUGUCGGGCUGUGGCCAGGUGGACUCAGAGGCCCUGGUGAGCUGUCUGCGGGCCAAGAGUGAGGAGGAGCUUCUUUCCAUCACCAAGUUCUUGAAGUUCAUCCCUGGUGUGGUGGACGGCGCCUUCCUACCCAAGCACCCCCAGGAGUUGCUGGCCUCCAGAGACUUUCAGCCUGUGCCCAGCAUCAUCGGCAUCAACAACGAUGAGUAUGGCUGGCUCAUCCCCGAAGCCAUAGGCAUGUCUGAUAACCAGUCAGAGUGGGACCGAGAACGCAUCCAGGCUGCCGUAGAGAAAAUGUCAGCACAGAUGCUGGUGUCUCCAGACUUCGGCAGCCUGUUGCUGGAGGAGUACGUGGGGGACACCAGGGACCCCCAGGCCCUCCGCGCCCAGUUCCACGAGCUGAUGGGGGACUUCCUCUUCGUGAUCCCUGCUCUCCAAGUAGCAGACUUUCAUCGUUCCCGAGGCUCUGUGUACUUCUAUGAGUUCCAGCACCGGCCCAGCUUCUUCAAGGACCUCAGACCCUCCUACGUGAGGGCAGACCACUGCGAUGAGGUCCCGUUCGUCUUUGGCGCUUUCUCCUGGGGCAACAUUGAGGUCACUGAGGAGGAGAAGCUGCUGAGCCGGAAGAUGAUGAAGUACUGGGCUAACUUUGCUCGAAAUGGGAACCCCAAUGGCGAGGGGCUGCCCCACUGGCCCUUGUUUGACCAGGAGUCGCAAUACCUGCAGCUGAACCUGCAUCCUGAGGUGGGCCGCGCCCUAAAGUCCAGCAGGCUCCACUUCUGGACGAAGAUCCUGGGCAAAGAGAAUCAUGCAGAGUUGUAACGCCCUGGCCCAAGGCGCCCCACCAAGGAGCCAGGAGUUUAUGCCCUCACUCAGCCUGCCCUUCUCUCAUUGUAUAAGGCAUCCCCCCAGCAAACAGUUAUCAAGUACCUGCUGUAAGGGUUUUUGGGGCACGAAACGGAAUUAAAGAUCCAAUUGGUAAAGUU